GCGGAGGGGGCGCUCGUUGGUCGCUGUUGCUGGGUUGCUGGUGGACCCCGGUGCCUGGGAGGAGGGAGCGGAGCCGGCGAUGUUUCCCAGUGUCACUCUCAGGGCUCUUCAGUUCAGCCUCGGGUGAAAAUGGCCACCAGAAGAAAGAACGGCAGCGACACAACCCUCCCGACUGCUCUGACAUCCCUUUGCGCCGUCGGUUUGCGGGACUUCACAGGAUAAAACACCAGUAUUGAGAGAAAAGGAGGAGGGUAAGGGGGGACGGCGAGGAAAAAAAAAGCACCAACCUUCAUCUCUCCUUCGUCCGCUCGGGACAUUUAUUUUUCCUGGAUUGAUCGUGUUUUCAGGAAAUUGGGGAAAAAUGAACAUGGUGAAAAGGAUCAUGGGCCGUCCACGGCAGGAAGAAUGUAGUCCUCAGGAUAAUGCACUUGGCCUUAUGCACUUGCGCCGUCUCUUCAUGGAACUCUGUCAUUCACCAAGACACAUGACACAGAAGGAGCAGGAGGAAAAGCUCUACAUGAUGCUGCCAGUUUUCAACAGGGUAUUUGGAAAUGCUCCUCCUGGCACCAUGAUGGAGAAAUUUUCAGAUCUCUUGCAGUUUGCUGCCCAGGUAUCGCGUUUAAUGGUGACUGAAAUUAGGAGAAGAGCCUCUAACAAAUCCACAGAGGCAGCUAGUCGUGCCAUUGUCCAAUUUCUGGAGAUUAAUCAAAGCGAAGAAUCAAGCAGAGGCUGGAUGCUUCUCACUACAAUCAACUUACUUGCAUCUUCUGGGCAGAAGACUGUGGACUACAUGACUACAAUGUCUUUGCCUUCCACUCUGGUUAAAUGCCUCUACCUAUUCUUCGAUCUCCCACAUGUGCCUGAUGCCCCUGGAGGAGCUCAGACAGAAUUACCACUUAGCGAACGACGGGCACUGUUGCAGAAAGUGUUUGUGCAGAUUUUGGUGAAACUUUGCAAGUAUGUGUCACCAGCAGAAGAGCUAGCCCAGAAAGAUGACCUCCAGCUUCUCUUCAGCGCUAUAACCUCUUGGUGUCCUCCACAUAAUAUCCUCUGGAGAAAGAGUGCAGGAGAGGUACUCACGAUCAUAUCUCGCCAUGGACUCAGUCUCAAUGUUGUCCGAUAUAUUCAUGAAAAAGAAUGCGUGGCCACUUGUAUCCAGAACAUGCAGCAAUCAGAAGAUCUUUUACCCCUAGAAAUCGUUGAAAUGUUUGCUGGACUGUCCUGUUUCCUUAAAGACUCCAGUGAUAUAUCACAGGUUCUUUUAGAUGAUUUUAGGUCCUGCCAAGGUUAUCAAUUCCUUUGUGACCUUCUGCUCAGAUUGGAGCAAAUAAAUGAGCCUGAUGCCAAAGAGGCAGUGAAAGAUUUGGUUCAGUUGGUGACCUCAUUGACAAUAUAUGGGAUCAAUGAAUUGAGAUCUACUGGCAUAACUAGUGGAGCACCGUUUCUUCUACCAGGAUUUGCAGUGCCACAACCUUCUGGCAAAGGUCGCACAGUAAAAAAUAUCCAAGCGUUCUCUGUUCUUCAGAUUGCCUUCUUAAAAGCAAAAUCAAGCCACCUUGCCAGAAUCAUCCUUGAUGCCAUUUCAGACCUCUACGUUGCAGAUAAUGCUAAUUACUUCAUCCUAGAAUCUCAGCACACACUUUCACAGUUUGCUGAGAAGAUUUCCAAAGCACCUGAGGUGCAACUCAAAUACUUUGAAAUGUUGGAGUUUAUUGUCUUCAGCUUAAACUAUAUUCCAUGUAAAGAACUAAUAAGUAUCAGCAUCUUAUUAAAGUCUAGCACCUCUUACCAGUGUAGCAUCACUGCAAUGAAGACACUUGCGAAAUUUGCUCGUCAUGAUCCUAUUUUUAGGGAUGUGUAUCGCGAAGUUGGAUUGCUUGAGGUGAUGGUCAAUCUUCUGCACAAAUAUGCUGCUCUAUUAAAAGAGCCCAUUCAGAGUUUUAAUGAGCCAGAAUACAAAGCAAAUUCUUCAUUUGAAGAACGGAAACAGCUUGCCUUAUUAGUGAUGGAGACACUGACAGUACUGCUGCAAGGAUCAAACACAAAUGCAGGUGUUUUCCGGGAGUUUGGAGGAGCACGAUGCGUGCACAACAUAGUUAAGUACCCACAAUGUCGGGAACCUGCGCUGAUGAUUAUACAGCAAUUAAUUUUGUCCCCUAGUGGAGAAGACGAUAUGGGAACAUUGUUAGGACUAAUGCAUACUGCUUCAUCUGCAGAACUGCAACUCAAAACUGAUAUUCUGACAGCUCUUCUCACUGUGCUGAGAGAAAGUCACCGCACCCGAACAGUGUUCCGAAAAGUUGGGGGAUUUGUUUAUGUCACGUCGUUGCUGGUUGCCUUGGAGAAAUCCUUGAGUUAUGAACCCAAGGGAGUGUGGGAAAAUGUGAACUCGGACCGCGCCUUUGAACUGGUGCAUACAGUUAUUUGUACAUUAACAGCUGCAAUGCGUUACGAACCUGCUAAUUCUCAUUUUUUCAAAACUGAAAUUCAGUAUGAAAAACUUGCAGAUGCUUUGCGUUUGCUUGGUUGCUUCUCACAUAGACGACAGUUCGAUUCGGUCACUUGCUGUCCUUCAAAUAUCCAACCAUUUCAAAGAAUGCUUGAAGAUGAAGCACCAUUGGAAUCAGUUUGCCCAACACUGAAAUAUUGUAGUAAAGUUUUUUCUUGUCUCUACAAAAUGGCCACAGACUCUUUUGAUAGUCUUGCUGAACAAGUUCCGCCUUGCUUGACACAUGAGACAUCCCUUCCCUCUCCUUGGAGUACUCCAGUUCUGUCCAGAAAAAGGCCAGGCUAUCACACAGUAUCAACGCCUCCUGUGUUUCCAGCCAAGUCUGUCACAGAAGUGAAGCUACAAAAUGCGCUGACUUCCUUGCAUUCUUCUGAUCCAGUCAUAAUACAUCCUGGAGCUGUGCUUGCAAUGUUAGACCUGUUGGUGUCAGUGAGUGUCAGUGAACACUUUGAGCACGCAAUAGAUCUUCAGCUUGCUGUGGCUAAUAUCUUACAGUCACUCAUCCAUUCAGAGAGAAAUCAGCAAGUGUUGUGUGAAGCAGGGCUUCUUGCACGACUUCUACAAAGGUGUAGUUCUGCUCUAUCUGAUGAAGAUCAUCCUCUUCACCCACCACUCCAAAGAAUGUUUGAGAGAUUGGCUUCACAGUCAUUAGAACCAGUAGUCCUGAGGGAGUUUCUCCGCCUUGGUAAUCCAUUGAAUUGUGGAGCCUGGGAUAAGAAGUUGAUCAAUGUGUAUAGGAUCCACAAACCAAGCUCUCUAAGUUGUGAAGCAGAUGUUAGAGGGAAUAUGAUGACAUCUCUGGAUGGAUUUGGUUCUGAUAUUGUAUUUAGCUUGAACGAAGAUAACACUCACUACAGGAUUAGCAAAAGUUUGCUCAAAGGGACAGAAGGCAGUACAGUACCUCUGACCAGGGUGAAGUGCUUAGUAUCCAUGACAACACCACAUGAUAUUAGGCUUCAUGGUUCAUCAGUAACCCCAGCAUUUGUGGAAUUUGAUACAGCUCUGGAAGGCUUUGGCUGUCUGUUCUUGCCUAGUUUGGCUCCCCAUAAUGCACCCAACAUUGCUGCUACCACUGCAGGAGGUGUUAAUGACGGAGCUGUUACCAGUGGACUUGGUACAGGUGAACGAUUUUUUCCACCACCUUCUGGACUUACUUAUUCUACUUGGUUUUGUAUUGAGAGGCUUAGUACUCCCAUGAGCAAUCAUCCUGUUAGACUUCUUACCCUCGUUAGAAGAUCAAACUCCUCUGACCAGCACUUCAUUUGCCUUGCUGUUGUAUUUUCUGGGAAAGACAGGUCCCUGCUAGUUUCAACUAAAGAAGAAUUACUGCAAAACUAUGUUGAUGACUUCAGUGAAGAGUCAUCAUUUUAUGAAAUUCUUCCCUGCUGUGCCCGAUUUCGCUGCAGUGACUUGAUUAAUGAGGGACAGUGGCAUCACCUGGUGCUUGUGAUGAGUAAAGGAAUGUUAAAGAACAGCACUGCUACCUUAUAUGUGGACGGUCAACAUAUUAACACAGUAAAGCUUCAUUAUAUCCACAGUUCACCAGGUGGAUCAGGGUCAACUAAUCUGCCAGUUGUUAGUACAGUGUAUGGCUACAUUGGAACACCUCCAGCUCAGCGUCAGAUCUCUUCGUUAGUAUGGCGUCUAGGACCUACACAUUUCUUGGAGGAAGUUUUACCUGCUUCCAGUAUCUCUAUCAUUUAUGAAUUAGGACCAAACUAUGUUGGUAGCUUCCAAGCUGUGUGUGUCCCAUGCAAGGAUUCAAAAUCUGAAGUGAUCAUUCCAUCUCCAAUCAGUUUAAUUCCUGAGGAGAGAGUAUCUUUUGGGUUGUAUGCGCUGUCAGUCUCUUCACUUACAGUGGCCAGGAUUAGAAAAAAUUACAACAAGGUGGACAGCAAAACCAUAGCCAAACAGAUGGCCAUUUCCUCGCAUGAAAAUGCUACACCUGUAAAACUAUUGCAUAAUGCUGCAGGGCAUUUAAAUGGACCAGCACGGACGAUUGGUGCAGCUCUUAUUGGAUACCUGGGUGUGAGGACCUCUGUUCCUAGGCCUGUUGCCACUACAUUACAAUACAUUGGCGGAGCAGCUGCUAUUUUAGGCUUGGUUGCAAUGGCAUCAGAUGUUGAAGGCCUCUACGCUGCUGUGAAGGCUCUUGUUUGUGUGGUAAAAAGUAAUGCACUGGCAAGCAAAGAGAUGGAGAGGAUUAAGGGCUAUCAACUCUUGGCAAUGCUGCUGAAGAAGAAGAGGACUUUGUUGAACAGUCAUAUUCUUCAUCUUACAUUUUCAUUAGUGGGAACUGUUGACAGUGGCCAUGAGACCAGUAUCAUUCCUAAUUCUAAUGGAUUUCAGGAUUUGCUUUGUGACUUUGAUGUCUGGCUUAAUGCACCAUAUGAGCUUCAUUUGUCAUUAUUUGAGCAUUUUAUUGAACUUCUCACUGAAUCAAGUGAGGCUUCUAGAAAUGCCAAGUUAAUGAGGGAAUUCCAAUUGAUUCCAAAGCUUCUACUUACUCUGAGGGAUACAUCCUUGUCCCAGAUGACCAUCGCAGCUAUCAGUAACGUGCUCAGCCUUUUGUUGCAAGGCUUUCCAGACAGCAAUGAUCUGCUCAGGUUCGGUCAGUUUUUGUCUUCUACAUUGCCUACUUUUGCAGUCUGUGAGAAGUUUAUUGUCAUGGAAGCCAAAAAUGAGGAAAGGGACGAAGGUGUCGAUGAUGACUUGGGUGGCCUUGUUUCAGCUAAUACCAUUCUAUUGAGAAACAGACUUCUGGAUAUCCUGCUAAAGUUAUUGUAUACUUCAAAAGAGAAGCACAGUGUUAAUCCACAAGCAUGUGAAGAAUUGGUGAAGAUUUGGGGUUUUGACUGGCUUCUGAUGUUCAUGGAAGAGCACCUGCAUCCCACUACUGUCACUGCAGCAAUGAGAAUUCUUGUUGUACUGUUGAGCAACCAGUCGAUCCUUGCCAAGUUUAAGGAAGGGCUUUCUGGAGGAGGCUGGCUCGACCAGACUGACUCUGUUCUCACAAAUAAAAUUGGCACUGUAUUAGGUUUCAAUGUUGGCAGAAUUGCCGGUGGUAGAUCAACAGUGCGAGAGAUAAACCGUGAUGCUUGUCAUGUCCCUGGUUUUUAUAUCCUUCAGUCGUUCUUACCGAAACAUACCAAUGUGCCUGAACUAUAUUUCUUGUUGAUGGCCCUUUUCCUCCAACAGCCAGUUACCGAACUGCCAGAAAGCCUGCAGUUUGAUUUGGAUUCUAUCUGGACGUUUAUCUUUGGUGUUCCUGCUUCCAGUGGAACAGUCAUUGCAUCAGUUCACACAGUAUGCUCAGAAUCUGCUUUUCUAUUGUUGGGAAUGCUAAGGAGUAUGCUCAAUCUUCCCUGGCAGUCUGAAGAGGAAGGUUCUUGGCUUAGAGAGUACCCAGUCACUUUGAUGCAGUUUUUUCGUUAUUUAUAUCACAAUGUCCCAGAUCUAGCUCCUCUUUGGACCAGCCCAGAUUUCCUUUGUGCUUUUGCAGCAACAGUCUUUCCCUUUAACAUCAGACCCUAUUCGGAGAUGGUGACUGAUCAUGAUGAUGAAGUCGGUUCUCCUGCUGAGGAAUUCAAGGCGUUUGCAGGUGAUACUGGCAUGAAUAGGAGUCAAUCAGAAUAUUGUAAUGUCGGGGCAAAGACUUUCCUCACCAACCAUCCUGCCAGGAAGUUUGUAUUUGACUUCAUGCGUGUCCUUGUGAUAGAAAAUUUAUGCCUUGCACCUGCUAGCAAACAGACUACUCUCAUAGACCUGCUAUUAGAGGCCUCACCUGACAGAUCAACACGAGCUCAGCAAAAAGAAUUCCAAACUUGCAUCUUAGACAGUGUGAUGGAUCAUUUAUUGGCAGCAGAUGUCUUGUUGGGUGAAGAUGCAACACUACCAAUUACCACUGGAGGAAGUUACAAUACAUUAGUGAACAAUGUAUUUUACUUCACACAACGACUAGUGGAUAAGCUUUGGCAAGGCAUGUUCAGCAAGGAAUCCAAACUUGUUGUUGACUUUAUUGUUCAGUUGAUAGGACAGUCUAAACGGAAGUCCCAGGGUCUAUCUCUGGAUCCCAUUUACCACUGUCUCAAUCGAACAAUACUCUACCAGUUAUCGAGACCACAUAAGACUGUUCCACAACAAGUUGCUCUUUUAGACUCUUUACGUGUCCUGACAGUCAACCGCACACUUAUACUUGGACCUGGUAAUCAUGAUCAAGAAUUCAUUGGCUGCCUAGCACAUUGUUUAAUUAGCCUCUAUGUUGGAAGUAAUCUUGAGGGGUUUGGCCUGGAAGCAGAAGCGAGAAUGACAACAUGGCACAUCAUGAUACCUUCUGAUCUUGAACCAGAUGGAAACCAUAGCCAAGAUAUUAGUGAAGGUCGACAGCUUCUUCUCAAAGCUGUAAAUCGGGUUUGGACUGAACUAAUUGUCAACAAGAAACAAACUUUGGAGGAGAUUUUUAAAGUAACACUACCUAUAAACGAGCGUGGACUAGUGGAUUUGUCGACUGCAAGGCCACUCAUUGAGGAUGCUGCUUCAAAAUGCUGGCAGAAUCAUAUAGCCCAUGAGAAGAAGUGUAUUAGUAGAGGAGAAGCAACUAUAGCUCCUGCAGCACAGUCAAAACUAUCACGUGUGAGCAGUGGAUUUGGCCUGUCAAAGUUGACUGGAUCCAGGCGAAACAGAAAAGAAAGUGGAAUCAGUAAAACCAACCUCACAUCACAGGAAAUUUCCCAGUGGAUGUUCACCCACAUUGCGGUUGUGCGGGAUUUAGUGGAUAUGCAAUAUAAAGAAUAUCAGGAGCGUCAACAAAAUGCCCUCAAGUAUGUGACUGAAGAAUGGGCUCAGAUAGAGUAUGAGCUAUUGCGAGAGAGGGGCUUAUGGGGGCCUCCAAUUGGAUCACAUCUUGAUAAGUGGAUGUUGGAAAUGCCAGAGGGACCCUGCCGAAUGAGAAAGAAGAUGGUGCGCAAUGACAUGUUUUAUAUACAUUAUCCUUAUUUACCAGAAAACGAGCAGGAAGCAACCAGUCUGCAGAAACCUGCUCGCUACCGUAGAGCUAUAAGUUAUGACAGCAAAGAAUACUACUUGCGGCUAUCUGCUGGAAAUCCUACUAUGUAUCCAGAUACAAUUGAAGAGAGUUCAGAGGGUGAAGCCACACAUCAUGAGCCAGAGCAUGGAGAAGAUACAAUUGCAAGAGUCAAAGGAAUUGUGAAGCCUCCACUGAAACGUUCACGUUCUGCCCCUGAUGGUGGUGAAGAAGACAAUACAGAACCUUUCCUUGAUCAGAUCUCUGAGGGAAGUUCAAUGGAUGAAGAAGAGAAGACAGACAACCAGACCCUGCUACGGUUAUUAGAGGAGGGGGAAAAGAUUCAGCACAUGUACAGAUGUGCUAGAGUGCAGGGACUGGACACCAGCGAAGGUCUCCUCUUGUUUGGCAAAGAGCAUUUCUAUGUGAUUGACGGAUUCACAAUGACUGCAACUCGGGAAAUCCGUGAUAUUGAAACACUGCCUCUAAACACACAUGAGCCUAUCAUUCCUAGAGGGGCACGUCAAGGACAGAGUCAGCUGAAGAGGACUUGCAGUAAAUUUGCUUAUGAAGACAUCAAAGAAGUGCAUAAGAGACGUUAUCUACUGCAGCCAAUUGCAGUUGAAGUUUUCUCUGGUGAUGGGCGAAAUUAUCUCUUAGCCUUCCAAAAAGGUGUUCGAAAUAAAGUGUAUCAAAGAUUUUUAGCUGUCGUUCCUUCCUUGACUGAUAGUUCUGAGUCUGUAUCUGGCCAGCGGCCAAAUACAAGCGUGGAACAGGGAUCUGGUUUGCUUAGUACUUUGGUUGGAGAGAAGUCUGUAACACAAAGAUGGGAGAGAGGAGAAAUCAGUAAUUUCCAAUAUCUCAUGCAUCUGAACACAUUAGCAGGCAGAUCCUAUAAUGACUUGAUGCAGUAUCCAGUGUUCCCAUGGAUUCUUGCAGACUACGAUUCUGAGGAACUCGAUCUUACAAAUCCUAAAACAUUUCGGAACCUGGCUAAACCAAUGGGGGCUCAGACUGAUGAGAGAUUAGCUCAGUAUAAGAAACGCUACAAGGACUGGGAAGAUCCAAAUGGUGAAACUCCAGCAUAUCAUUAUGGAACACACUACUCUUCUGCCAUGAUUGUAGCUUCUUAUUUAGUGAGAAUGGAGCCAUUCACUCAAAUAUUUCUCCGACUCCAGGGUGGCCAUUUCGAUCUUGCUGACCGAAUGUUUCACAGUGUACGAGAGGCUUGGUACUCUGCAUCCAAACAUAAUAUGGCUGAUGUAAAAGAACUCAUCCCAGAAUUCUUCUAUCUUCCAGAAUUCCUCAUAAACUCCAACAACUUUGAUCUAGGUUAUAAGCAGAAUGGCAUAAAAUUGGGAGAUGUGUUAUUGCCACCAUGGGCCAAAGGGGACCCAAGAGAAUUCAUCAGGGUUCAUCGUAAGGCAUUGGAAUGUGACUAUGUCAGUUCACACUUACAUGAAUGGAUCGACUUGAUUUUCGGUUACAAGCAGCAAGGUGCACCUGCGGUAGAAGCAGUCAAUGUCUUCCAUCAUCUGUUUUAUGAAGGGCAGGUGGACAUUUAUAAUAUCAAUGAUCCACUGAAGGAAACUGCAACUAUUGGCUUCAUCAAUAAUUUUGGACAAAUACCCAAACAGCUAUUUAAAAAACCUCAUCCACCAAAACGAACGCGUAGCCGGAAUAAUGGGGAACCAUCUGGUGUACCACCCUCUCUGAGCUGUACCACUGACAAGAUCUUCUUUCAUCAUUUGGAUAAUCUCCGACCAUCUUUGGCACCUGUUAAAGAACUGAAAGAACCAGUGGGACAGAUCAUUUUUACAGAUAAAGGUGUUCUAGCAGUAGAACAAAACAAAGUGCUAAUUCCUCCCAAUUGGAACAAGACAUUUGCUUGGGGAUAUGCAGAUCUCAGUUGCAGAGUUGCAAAUUAUGAAUCUGACAAGGCUUUGAUAGUAUAUGAAUGCCUGAGUGACUGGGGACAAAUCUUAUGCGCAAUUUGUCCCAACCCUAAGUUAGUUGUUACUGGAGGAACAAGUACUACGAUCUGUGUUUGGGAGAUGGGUACCUCCAAGGAAAAAGCUAAAACACUGACCCUUAAACAGGCACUCCAUGGGCACACUGAUGCAGUCACUUGCUUGACUACUUCAUCAGCCUAUCAUAUAAUUGUCAGUGGGUCACGAGAUCGAACAUGUAUCAUUUGGGAUUUGAAUAAACUAUCUUUUGUCACACAACUGCGAGGCCACAGAGCACCAGUGUCUGCUUUAUGUAUUAAUGAAUUAACAGGAGACAUCGUCUCUUGUGCUGGAACGUAUAUUCAUGUAUGGAACAUCAAUGGAAACCCAGUGGUGAAUGUGAAUACGUUUACAGGACGCAGCCAGCAAAUUUUUUGCUGCUGUGUAUCUGAAAUGAGCGAGUGGGACACACAGAAUGUUAUAGUCACUGGACAUUCAGAUGGUGUGGUCAGGUUUUGGAGAAUGGAAUUUCUGCAGGUUCCAGAAACCCCAGCUCCUGAAGAGACUAUGAAGCUUCCAGAAAAUGAUGAUUCUUCUGCGGACGUACAGCUAGAUGGGGAUGCCCAGGAUGAGGAAAGCAGUGAUUCAGACCUGGAGGAUCAGUGCAGUACCCAGGACCCAAAACCCAAGCAAAGUGUAUCUGGCUGUCCAGCAAAUAAAGUAAAGGGCAUGUCGGGGCGAGCAGCAUGGUUUGUAGAUGGAGAUGAAUCAAAGCGUUGGGCAGAUCAACUCAGCCUGGAUGAGAAGGAUGGUUUUGUUUUUGUAAAUUACUCAGAAGGCCAGCCUAAGCUGCAACCUCAAGCUCAACAGCAGCCUCAAGUUCAAAGUCAAAUGCACUAUCACCAUCAUCAACUUCAACAGCAUUCGAUGCAGAGUGAAAUAAAACGCCAUAAUCAGCUAAAACAAGGAUACAGAUGGGAGCGACAGUUGGUAUUCCGAAGCAAAUUGACUAUGCAUACUGCGUUUGAUCGAAAAGACAAUUGUCACCCUGCAGAAAUUACUGCAUUAGGCAUUUCUAAGGAUCACAGUAAAAUUCUGGUAGGCGAUGCACGAGGUCGGGUAUUUAGCUGGUCAGUGAGUGAUCAGCCAGGGAGGACAGCUGCUGACCACUGGAUUAAAGAUGAUGGAGGCGACUGUUGUUCAGGAUGUUCAGUGCGCUUCUCUCUAACCGAGAGACGACAUCACUGCAGAAACUGUGGGCAACUCUUCUGUCAAAAGUGCAGUCGAUUUCAGUCUGAGAUCAGGCGCUUGAAAAUCUCCUCACCAGUCCGUGUCUGUCAGAAUUGUUACUACAACCUGCAGCAAGAGAGGGGUGCUGAAGAGAGCUCCAGAAACUAAUAAGUCAUUGAUUUAUUGGUGACCAAACAAGCAGAAUCCUUGUCACUCCCAGCUAUUUCAAAUGAUUUUAUGCAAAAGGAAAGUAUGUGGGGAGUUUAAAAAAGAGUUUACAUAAAUUUCUUUGUACUGUGUUGAAGCACUGUAAUAUACUGACUAGAAAGGGAUCAUUGCCUUGCAGUUAAUGUGUCCAUCUCUACCUAAUUCAUGGAUGGUUUGAAUGUUCUGGACUGUGCUGAGAGUAUGGUUUUAGAAGUUCUGGACUUGAACUAUCCUUCAAACAUCUUGAUGAUGUCACCCAUAUUCAUGAAACCAGUGGCUUGUAAGAUUUUUAAAUGUAAAUCUGCCACUUUCACAAGAACCCAAUUGUUUAUAGUGUAAAUAGUUGUAAUGCCCUUUUUAACAAGAGGAACUUCUGAAUUGCCUGUUAAAAGAUGUCCUAUUAUAACCACUAAUUGUGUGAUUUGAGAAAUCAAUAGUUGUGUCCAGCAUCAUUCAGUAACUAUUUUAGGAGUCAAUGAAAAUGUGCAAAUGCUAAUUAUUAUCAAUUGCAUUAAUACCUUGCAUUGUUUUUUUUCUAUUUUAAUUAUUGUUUGAUGCAAACAAUAAUGACUUCGUGAGUUUGUUUACUCCAUUACAGAAGCUUGUGAUUUUGAAGAAAAAGGGGCAUGCAGCAGUUUCAAACCAGCCAUGUCAUUGUACUGAUCUAUUUUCAGAGUAACAGCUUCCUUAGUGUUCAUACUUUCUUGAAAAUAUUAAAGUGUGUCUGGGGAUAUUCAUGUGCUACAACAUCAGCAUCUGUGUUCUAACGAACUAUUAUUCAACCCUAUCCUUUUUAUGAGCAAUAGGAGACUCGCAAUGCUUGAAAUGCUGUCAGCAUUGCACUGCCACAAUGCAAGACUUUGAUUUUGCCUGUGUGCUUUGAAGUGGGGUGAGGGGAAAAGAGGGGUGGGCGGGGAGGCA